AUGAAGCAACCGGUUGUUCAUAGUGGCUCCAUUCGAGAUACCAUGGCCAUAAUACCGUCUCCACUGCUUGGAGAACUGCUCACAGCCAACCGGAUCAACCGUCAGGCAGGUGCGAUGUCAAAUCCACAGACUGGAACCACGGAUGAUAAGCCAUCGGGCACUGACAAACGUCGAUCAACGGUGGGACGAGGCAUGUGCUUCUACAACCAAAAGAGAUUUGCGUGUGGAGACUGGAGCUGGACCAGCUUUGCUCACCGAUGCAACUAUGAAUACCGCACCGGCGAGACAUGCGGUAUGAGACUCGUCAACAUGACCGAGAAUGAGAAGACAAAUUGUCGUCUCUGUGAAAAGAUCGAAACCAAAUAUCGCAGGCGUAGUGCUGAAGUCGACCGUUUGGACCGGUGGAAGCGAGAGGGUGCCACACUGGUGGCCUCAAUGGAUCGGUCUCACAAACUCAUUAUGGAGUUGGAGAAGGAGAUCCGCUCCCUGCAGCGGGAGCGGGACGACCGAAGGAGCACACUCCUAAGAUAG